AUGUUGAUCAGGAUGUUCUGCAAGACAACAAUUCAAUCGGCCUCCUUGCCAAUCUUGCUCCUUGGACUUGUCUCUGGUUUGGGGCGCUGUGCCCCUCUCUCUGCCCAGCCCAACGCCACCCUGGAGCGCAGAUGGGAGACUCUCUUGUCCCGCUCCAUGCCUCGAAUCCCGGGGGAGAGGAAGGAGAUCAGCCGGGAGACUGACUAUUUGCUGGGCAUCAAAAGGCUGCGACGGCUUUACUGCAACGUAGGCAUCGGAUUUCAUCUUCAAGUAUUACCGGAUGGAAGGAUAAAUGGAAUACACAACGAGAACCGGUACAGUCUUUUAGAAAUUUCUCCCGUGGAAAGGGGAGUCGUCAGCCUUCUCGGUGUCAGAAGUGGGCUGUUUGUAGCCAUGAAUAGCAAAGGCAAACUCUAUGGAUCUGCAUACUACAGUGAUGAAUGCAAAUUCAACGAAAUACUCCUACCUAAUAAUUACAACGCCUACGAGUCCAACGCAUACCCAAACAUGUAUAUGGCGUUAAGCAAGAAUGGCAAAACAAAGAAGGGAAACAAAGUGUCUCCCAUCAUGACAAUGACUCAUUUUCUACCGAGAAUCUGA